ACCACUGCUACUUCCUCAGCCUGUAUAAAAAUCAGUCAUUUCUGGUAGUUGGAUUGUGUGCUAGCAUUGGGAGUGGACUCAAGGCUUCGUCACAUGCCCUGUCAGCUGACGCCCAGCCAUGAUGAAAGCGGGCGCCACCAAAGUGGGUCUGCCCAAACCCGGGCACGAGCGAACCAGGCCUGCCUCUGUGUCCUCCCCCACCUCCUCCGCCAUGAAGACCCCCAGGUCCAACCUGCUCGCACCAGACCACCGCCUCAGCAGGCUAAAACGAGCUAACAGUGACGAUGCCUUGAAUAAGCCUGCUCUGACAAGUGGUACAGGGUCUCGGCUGAAGAAGACUGUGACGACUGGAGCCAUCUCAGACCUGGCUGAAGUACGACCUCGUGGCUCUGCAGGUUCUCAGACAACAAAGAAGUCGGGCAUCCCUGCCCCUAAAGAGAUCCCGUCCUCAGUAUCCCGGGACCGUGUAUCUAAAGAUCAGUCCAGAAGCUCCACCAGUAAGAGGAUGGUGUCCAGUGCCAGCACGUCCAGUCUGUCCACUCUGGCAAAGCAAACCCGGAACAAUACUAAGUCCCGUGGUGAUCCAGAGGGCCCAGAUAAAGGACUGUUGGAGAGCCAGGUGAAAGAGCUGCUAACUGAGGCCAAAGCUAAAGACCUGGAGAUCAGUAAUCUGAGAGCAGAGCUGCAGCGCUGUAAGAGCAGAGUGGCCUCAUCCUCUCCCUUGUCCCCUGCCUCUCCCUCCUCACCCAGUACAGAGCGACAGGAGGCACCUGCCAACAGGGAGCAGGAACAGGUGACUGAGGCACUGGUGCUGGUCGCGGAGCUGAGGGAGAAGAACUCUCGUUUUCAGAGAGAGCUGGCAGCACUUCGAGAGGAGAACCAGUUACUCAAAGAAAAACUCAUAUCUUUAGAGAGCUCUGUGUCGCCCAUAACAAACCCCAAUAGUCCCACUAAAGUCCUGGUGAAUGGGCUGCCCUCAGACUCCUCUGUCUCCACUCUGUCCUCUCCUAGCCCAGUUAAAACCUCUCCGUCUUCGGACACGGCCAAAGACUCACCAUCAGCGGACUCCUCUGAGUUUGAGAAGAUCCCGUCACGUUCCGAGUCCAUGAGCAGUGGAGUGAGUACAGAGGCCGUCAGUUCAGUGCCCAGCACAGUGCAGCAGGACAUGUCCUUACAGAGCCUCACUGAGCAGAUCCACAAGAUGGAGGAGAGCCACCACAGCACGGCCGAGGAACUUCAGGCCACUCUGCAGGAGCUGUCAGACCAGCAGCAAAUGGUCCAGGAGCUGACGGCGGAGAACGAGCGUCUGAGUGAGGAGAAGAGGCUGCUUCAGACCUCCCUGCAGCAGCAGAGGGAGCGCGUGGAGCUCCUAGUGCAGAAGAACGAGGCUCUGGCACAGGCGCAGAGAGAGGAGGGGGGUCAGGGCACUCGGCUGUCCGAGCUGGAGCAGAGGUACAAGGACCUGGUGGAGAGCUCCAGGUUUGAAAGGGAGAAGCUGGUGGACAUCCAGCAGCAGCUCACAGGAAGUCUGCGUGCUCUGGAGCAGGAACACCAGGAGGCUCAGGCCCAGGCCUUCUGCCUUAGAGAGGAGCUGGAGCGAGUGCAGGCACACACGCACAGGGAGCUGCAGGCGACGGAGCAGGUUGUACAGGCAGCAGAGGAGCACAGAGCCACAGCAGAGGCUCUUAGACUGGACAACUGCAGACUAAAGGCCCAGGUCGACAUAGAGAGGCAGAAGGUGAUGGAGCUGAAGGCUCUGCAGGGUGCCAGUGACAGCAGUGAGCUGCAGAGUCUCCUGAAGACAGCGCAUUGUGAGCGGGAGCAACUGGAGCACGAGCUGAGUGAAAGAAGACAGCAACUACUGCACGCCCAGGCAGACGCCGAGCACACACAGGCCGCUCUGACCAAGGUGGAGUCCAAAUGCCAGCAGAUCCAAGAGCGGGCAGAGCAGAGGGAGCAGGAGCUCCUGAGCAGAGUGGGUGCUCUGGAGGAGGCCGGGCUCCAGGCGGAGAACCACGUGAAGGAGCUGAAGGAGACAAUUUUUGAGCUGGAGGACCAGGUGGAGCAGCAGAGAGCUGUGGGAUUGCACACCAACCAGACUGUGCUGGACAUGGAGAAUCUUGUCAAGAAGUUGGAGGAACAAAAGGCUGAUUCAGAGCGACAGAUGAAGGCUUUAUCUCGACAGAUCAAGGACGAGAAGGAAGAGUGGCGUCGCUUCCAGGCAGACCUCCAGACUGCGGUAGUCGUGGCCAAUGACAUUAAAGUUGAGGCUCAACAGGAGCUGAGGGCUUUGAGGCGACAGCUGCAGGAGGAGCAGGAGCGCAACGCCAAACUCACAGAGGACCUGGAGGUGCUGCGGGGGGUCAGGUCCCAGGGCAAUGACGCCGGAGUGCCCGAGUCUGACAACAAGCGUCAUUGGUGUGGCAUUUCGGUGAUGCAGGCCACGCCCACAACUGCCGACCCCAACCGAGAGCCCCCUGCUGACUCUGAGCCUGGAGCUACUGUCAAAUCCCUCAUUAAGUCCUUUGACACAGUGGGACAAAAUGGUCCCAGUCACACAUUACAGAUGCCUUCAUCACAAAGAAGCCCUCUGAGUGCAAUCCCUGUUCGAUCUGCUCCUGCGGCUGCAAUCUCUCCCAUACAGAGGCAUUCAUACAUAAAACCAUUGUCAAAAACCUUGGAAAAGCGGAUCAACCUUGGGGAAUUUUCUCAUCGUCAUGGAGAUAAGCUGUCCAGUUGUGAAGACUUGAAACCUGGCAGUCUGAUGAGAAAAAGCCCCUCUCUGGAAUCUGUGAUCAAAACUCCGGCCACUCUGAGCAGUCGCACUUCCUCCUUCAGCUAUCACCGUGGCAACAGUAAACUCAGUGUGGAAAGAAAGGACCCCUUGGCUGCACUGGCCCGAGAGUAUGGGGGAUCUAAGAGGAACGCUCUACUGAAGUGGUGCCAGAAGAAAACACAAGGCUAUCCGAAUAUUGACGUGACAAACUUCAGUAGCAGUUGGAGUGAUGGUCUGGCGUUCUGCGCUCUGCUCCACACGUACCUUCCGGCCCACAUCCCGUACCAAGAACUCAUCAGCCAGGAUAAGGUCCGAAAUCUGACCCUUGCGUUCCAGGCGGCAGAGAGCAUCGGCAUCAAACCCUCCCUGGACAUAGAGGAGCUGAUGAGGACAGACCGACCCGACUGGCAGAGUGUCAUGCAGUACGUCUCCCAGAUCUACAAAUACUUUGAGACCUGACGCCCUGCAGAGACCCCUGCCCUUCCUGUCCCAUGUGUCAGUGUGACCUCUGACCUCCAGGACAGCCAGCACAGCCACAGCUACACGUCCUGUUUAUUCCAUAUGACUAUGAACAACACCUAAGGGAAGAACCACCACAACUGCCAUAGAGACUUUAAAUACAGAUGCACAAU